GGAGGGGGGGAUGAUCGUUUUCUUCCUGUGUGCUGUUGAAUGUUUGGCCACACUCCGUGUUGCCCUUUUUCUCAUUUUUCUAAUUUUUUUCAUCUAUCGUGGAACACAGGCUCUCGAGCAGGACGGGCUGCGAGUGAUUCGAGAGAGAGAGAGAAAGCGAGAGAGAGAGGAAGAGGGAGAGAGCGAAGGGGAGAGAGAGGCAGAGGGAACUCAUUUGCAGGACGAGAGUGAUUUGUAUUUGUGUUGCGUGUUUCUAUAGGUUCGGGUUGUUGACGGUUUCAGGAGGCGAUUGCUGCUUGAGAGGGUGUGUGGUCGCGGCGGGGAUGGAGAGAGGAUCAUUGUGGGAAGGUUGGUGAGGCGGGCCGGGUACGCCUUCUUGGCAUGCACCUCGCAUACAGAGUGGCGCGAGCGACUCCAGGAGCGUCAGUUAGUUUUUUGUGCGACAGAAAUGGGGUCUCACUUCGUUUGGCUGAGAUUUCUAUCAUAGCUUGGUGAUGAUUAGGGCGUUUGGGUAGCAGAAGUUUUAGGGUUUCAACUCUGCAAUUUGCGUUUUAUCACCUACCCUUUUGCUAUGGAUUGGAGCAUUCAGGUAUUCCAUUUUACUUUCUAGACUCUCUCGAGUUGGCCUUCCUUGGUCCUGUUAUCGCCAACUACAAGAUUACAUCGACAUGUACGGGUGAGGCGCUUUUUGUUUCACAGAAGAUGUUCACCGAAGGGGUAGUUGAGAGAAUGACUGGAUGGAAGCAUCGGAAUUCUUGGCUUCGAGCCGCGGAAACCAGUGAUAUUCUGAAGGAUGUUCAGAAAAGGGGCUGGUAUGCCGUUUGCUCAUGAGCUGACGAUCAUUUAUUAUGAAUAAAGAAAAGUAAUGAUACGAGAUAGGGGAUUUAGGUGAGCGUUUCAGGUAACCCAGAAUCAUACCAGUAGGAUCGGUAGUAUUCGGUGCAUGGCAAAGGAUUUAAGAGUGAGGACCUCUAUCGUUACCAGUACCUUGUGUUGCACUCAAGUAACCUGGAUGGGCUGCAAUACAUCGUAGGACAUUCUAAGCAGAAUACAAUAUGACUACGGUCCGGGCUCGCCAAGACGGGGCUAUGGUUCGCCUUCUUGGCUACACAUACCGAGAUCCGGACGACAAUCCUAAGGAGAUUGUGAAGAGCCCUAGUGCCUCCGGUGAUAGCGGCUGGCUUAUCCGAUUCUUCGACUCCGAAUUUUUUUGUGAAUGGAUAGCUGUGAGCUAUCUGUACAAACAUGAGCAUUCCGGAGUUAGGGAUUACUUGUGUAAUCGCAUGUAUACAUUACCUCUCUUGGGCAUUGAGAGUUACCUCUUUCAACUAUGUUACAUGUUGGUACACAUGCCAUGUCCCUCUCUUGAGAGGUACAUUGUUGACGUGUGUGGAAAAUCUCUUCGCAUUGCAAUCAAGGUUCAUUGGUUUCUUCUGGCCGAAGCAGACGGUGCAGAAGACAACACACACGUUUUGAAAGUGCAAGAGAAGUGCCAGGAGGCAGCGCUUAAUGGAGAAUGGCCUCCCUUGAUCAGACCUCAGAAAAGUGUACUAAGCGCUGGAACAAAGGGUAGCCGUGUCUUCAAGGCAGUUCUUUCUUCCCGGCGACUGCUUCCGAUGACAUCUUCUCCACCUUCGCAACGAACACCACCGUCGCUACCUACACCCACUGCAGCUGAUGAAGGCUUUCGGGAGACAACACGGAGCACAGGGGAGGAGUCAGAAUUGUCACUAAAAGCAUUGAAGAAGCUCAUUCCGACUUCAACGUCAAAAGUUCGGAAUGUUCUCCUUAAACCCUUCCGGGACAAAGAAGAGAAAGAGGAUGACGAAGUGAUUGUUUAUGAUAGGCCAAUGAGGGAGAGUGAUUUAGACAGCAUUUUAAGACGAUCUCCGAAAGAAAUAGAAUCCGAUGGCUUUUUUAAGCGUUUUUUCAAAGACAGAGAUGACGAUGAGAAGGGUAUUCGAAGUGAGGAAUUGGCUAAUCAGGAGGGGUUUUUUCGUAGGCUCUUUCGAGAAAAGUCCGACGGUGAUGAAAAAGUGGACGAUGAGAAAGAAGGGUUUUUUAGGAGGAUGUUGUUGAAGAAGCCUGAUGAUGAGGAAGAGGACGAAAGCUCUGAUUUUACUCUUUUCAGGAAGUUCUUCCGUCAGGUGCAUCCUGAAGUCGAUAAAAUGAUGGAGGUAGCUCCUGGGCAAGAGCACCCUGCUCUAAUCACUUCAGAAAAUAGUCCUGUAAAUGAAAACUUUCUGAAACGUUUCUCAAUGUCUUUCAAGGAAGAAGGUACUAAGUUAUUCAGUAUGAAACGGGACGGGGAAGAAGGUAACAAGUUUUUCAGCAUGAAAAGGGAUGCAGAGCCACCUGUCACACCCUCCACGACGCCUUCUGGCUUCUUAAGGAGGCUGUUCAAGGAUCGGAGCGAUGAGGAACCAGGAGGUCUGGCUGAUGAGCUGGGAUCCCUCUCUCUCAGUACUGAUAGUACUGAUGGAUCAAACGAGGGUAAUUUUCUCCAGGAUACUUUGCGUGCGUUUCGUGGUAAAGUGCGCACUCAUGAUCCUGAAAUUCUCGGGAAGGAGGGUAGUGUUGGGAGGUCAACGGAAGGUACCGCUGCAGAACAACGAUUUGACUCUGAUGCUGAUGAGUCUGACAUGAUCAGAAGGGAGUCCCAAACUGUGAUUGAAAAGCCUUCGACGACUUCUUCAAGCUGGAAAUUGCCUUCAACGGAUUCUUCAUUUUUUGACCUGGGAAAGUCGUUUAUUAAGCGACCAGGUUCUCCCAAGCGAAGGACAGAGAAGACUUCAACUAAACCACCUCUCCCUAAAUCUUCCGCAUCAAACUUGAGGAAGGGUGUAUAUCAAGCAACUUUGGACCUUGUACAGUCUCUUUGUGAUACGUCAUCGGGCUUAGUAGAUUGCUUUCCUAUGGAAGACCGUCUUCAAGCUCUGCGAGAGUCUGUUGCUGAACUAAAUCAACAGCUGGUAGCUGCAGAAAGUGACGGAGGGGUCUGCUUCCCGAUGGGCAAGGGAUUGUGCCGAGUAGUUCAUAUUCCCGUGGACGAGUGUGUGCUUCUAAAUUCGAGGGAUAAAGCACCUUAUUUAAUUUGUAUCGAGGUCCUCAAAUGCGAAGCAAAGAGCAAUCUGAACAAGGAUCAAAAACAGUCAAAUGCGGGGAUAAAGACAGCCAAAGGGGGGAUCCCCCUUGCUAAUGGAGAUGCUCAACUGCAUCGGCCUCCUCCAUGGGCUUACCCUCUUCAACCUGAUGUGCAACAGCCAAAUACUCAACAACUUCUACGUAGUGCGUCAAAGGCAAUUGAUGCUGCUAUGGCACAUCUUUGGGAAUCGAAAUUGAAAGUUGUCGAUGUAAGUUUUUCUGUCCAACCCCGGAAGGCACAACUUGCUGCUUUGCAAACAGGAAGUUGCAGCCAUAUGGGAGGAGAAUCAGGAGAGUGCCAAAGCCCCUCAACUUGCGCUUCGGAUGGAAGUGGAUUGUCAAUGGAUUCUUUCUCGUUGAGAGAGGAAUUUGGAGGAGCUAAUGGGUGCAACGCUAAUUUUCAAGACAAGCCCAAAGUAAAAAAUCCAUGGGGAAGAAAAGGAAAACCUAGCGGAGAAGAUGUAGAAUGGGUUAGUGUUAUACUGUCUGUGGUUCCAGGGGUGAAUAUGGAGGAUAUAGAGGAGGAACAACCAGCUCGUAGGAAAGACCACCGGCGGGUCCCGAGUACAAUUGCCAUGGCUGAAGUAAAAGCUGCUGUAGCAGAGGGUGAAGCCCCAGCUGGUCUCCCAGUUAAAAAGAGUGGCACAGCACCAACACAAACUGAGGAAAGGAUAGGGGUGAAAGGAAAAGCCACCGAUGCCCUCGCUGGUGAAUUAUGGGAGAAUAAACGGGAAAGGAUACAAAAGACUUCUAAAUGGAGUUCUAGUCCUGAUUGGGAUUUACGCUCUAUGAUCGUGAAGAGUGGUGACGAUUGCAGACAAGAACAUUUAGCUGUGCAACUUAUUGGACACUUUUAUGAUAUCUUCCAGGAAGCUGGCCUUCCUCUUUGGUUGCGUCCGUAUGAGGUGCUUGUCACAUCUUCACACACAGCUCUGAUUGAAACCAUUUACGACACGGCUUCAAUUCACUCUAUCAAAAGUAGGAAUAGUGAUGUGACCAGUUUGCGGGAUUUUUUCUGCAAGAAGUAUGUUGAGGGCUCUCCUGCAUUUAAACUUGCUCAGAGAAAUUUUGUGGAGAGCAUGGCAGGAUAUUCUAUCCUUUGUUACAUUCUUCAGGUGAAAGAUAGGCAUAAUUCAAACUUGCUGAUCGAUGAGGAAGGACACAUUAUCCAUAUUGACUUUGGUUAUAUGCUCUCCAAUUCUCCUGGUGGUGUGAAUUUUGAAAGUGCUCCUUUCAAACUUACACGCGAGCUUCUUGAGGUAAUGGAUUCUGAUGCGGAGGGUACUGCAAGUGAAUUCUAUGACUACUUCAAGGUUUUGUGCAUUCAAGGAUUUCUGACAUGCCGGAAGCAUGCAGAACGCAUCAUACUACUUGUGGAGAUGAUGCAGGAUUCUGGAUACCCGUGCUUUAAAGGGGGUCCGCGGACACUGCAAAAUUUGCGGAAGCGUUUUCAUCUAAGCUUGACAGAGGAGCAAUGCGUAUCAUCAGUUUUGGAGCUUAUCGCUAAAAGUCUGGAUGCAUGGCGGACACGGCAGUAUGAUUAUUAUCAGAAGGUGUUGAAUGGUAUUCUUUAGUCCACAAUUAUCUGUAUCGCUGAAGGUAACCAAACCACCUCUGGGUGGAAGGGGCUCUUAAUGCAUGGAUAGGCUUCCAUGUAACACUACAUUUGCAAAAGAUGGUUGGCAGCUGGUCUGUUAGAUUUGGUGGCCAUUUCUCGACUGGCAGCUCUCCUUCACAUUGUUUCAUGCUGAUUUAGAAGGGAUAGGGCUUUAUACUGCUUCAGCUCAUAGAGGCAGAGUGUGGUUGCUGAUAGAGAGCACUCACGAAGCACUUGUAUUUUUAUUUUUGUUGACAAACCAAAAGCAUUUGGCAGCAUUAGCAGUGCUCUAGUUGUCCGAAUAGAUUGAUAGAUAAUCAGUUACGAGGAUUGGAGGGGUUCCCAGUGGAAGAGCAGUGAGAUUAAUGCUCACAAGUUCCUGGUACAGGGCUCCUCAUUUAGAGCUCUCAUCACAGAGGUGGAUAAUUUUGGUUUCCAGAAAUAAAGCCGUGAUGUUGUACCUUGCUCCUUGCAACUGAAGCUUGAGAACACAUCGUUACGUUAACUCA